AUGUCGAACAACCGUUUGGAAAAAUGGUUUCCCUUCAGGAAAGACUCGAAACGGACUUCACCUGACGAGACAGCGACACAAGGCCUAAAUGAGACUCCCUUUCCUCCAUCUCCUGCCUCUGAAACAGUGUGGUCCCCCAAUGAACUUGGUGAUUUAUUACAAACCCCAACGGACCUGAACCGAAAGCCAUCUUCUGCCAGGGCUUCCCGAGCAAGCUCGACACUCGGACUUCCCUCGCGGAAUCCGUCAGCGACCACCGAUCGACGUAACGACCCUCUCGGUUUGACCGUUGUCCAUGAACCAGAAACAUCGCCUUCUCUUGACAUAAUUUUUGUUCAUGGUCUAGGAGGUACUAGCCGCGCUACAUGGGCGCGAGGUCGAGAUUUACAGUACUUCUGGCCAGAGAAAUGGCUUCCUCUCGAGCCAGGAAUUCGAAUGGCAAGAAUCCUGUCCUUUGGCUACAACGCAAGCUGGGCCUCCACCGGCUCAGCUCCCAUAACAGGCAUAACAGACUUUGCGAAAGAUCUGUUGUAUUCGAUGAAGUUUGCUAAGGGCAAAAGAUUGGAAGAACUUGAGCUGGGCCAGAGACCCAUUAUCUUCAUUGUUCAUUCCAUGGGGGGCCUUGUCGUUAAGCAGGCGUAUAUUCUUGGCCAAAACGACGAUCAAUAUUCUAACAUCGUAUCAUCGAUCAGUGCGAUAUUGUUUUUGGCGACUCCCCAUCGCGGAUCCAAUCUGGCCGAUAUCUUGAACAAGAUCCUGACAGUAUCAGUGUUUAACCAUAGUCCCAAAUUAUACAUAUCGGAGUUGAGUGUCGGGUCACAGACUGUAGCAGCUCUGAACGAGCAAUUCCGUCAUAUCGCUCCAAACCUGGACAUACUUUCAUUCUAUGAGACCCUACAAACUUCAAUUGGUCCAAAGAAAAUGAUGGUGGUCGAGAAGGAGUCGGCUACUCUUGGAUAUCCGAAGGAGAUCUCAAAAGCGCUACUUGCCGAUCACCAUACGGUCUGCAAGUUUGAUAGCACUCAGGACUCUAACUACAUUAGCGUUAGGAAUGCCUUGAAAACCUUAGUCUCAUCUAUUCGCUCGGCAGGGAAAUCUUUAUUCGGAGAGCAGGGGAAAACGCAGCUUGAACAGCUGCAGACUCUGCUAGCAGUGUCAGAGACCUUUCAUGAUGAUCUCGAAUUUUUUCAUUCGAGGUGGACUCCUGGCACCUGCGACUGGAUUACCUUUCAUCCAUCCUUCCUUCAUUGGAUGGAUGAAUCCGAGGAUGCCCCGACCAUGUUAUGGUUGCACGCGUUGCCAGCGAGUGGGAAAUCGGUUUUAUCGGCUUUUGUUACACAUAGGCUCUUAGAAGAGUCUAUUUGCGUGUACUAUUUCUUCCGGUUUAGUGACGAGUCCAAGCGCUCGCUGAGUGCCUGCUUGCGGAGCAUUGCUUUUCAGAUUUCAACACAGCUGCCCGCAUUUUGCCACGCAUUGAAAAACACGCCAUUUGCUACGAAGACGUUGGAAAAGACGGAUUCUAAGGUUAUAUGGGAGAAAAUAUUUGUUCAACUGCUGUUCAAAAUGAGGUUUUCUACAACGAUCCACUGCGUUAUCGAUGCACUGGACGAGUCCGACAACCCACAGCAGCUGGUAGAGUUAAUGCAGAGUGUGUCGCAUUCAUUGACGCGAAUUAAGGUGAUCCUUGUUAGUCGGCAAACAUCAGGGCUCAUCACAACAUUUGACCGCUUGUCAACUGUGCUCUCAGUCGCAUAUUUACCACUGGAGAGUACCAAAAAAGACAUAAGGUUGUAUGUCGAACGGGAAGUAGAAUACUUGCGUGCCGCCCCUGAAUUCAAAGCGCGGCUGGUGGAUAAAAUGGUGAAAUGCGCGAAUGGUAAUUUCCUAUGGGCCAGUCUUGCAAUGCGUGAGGUGGCGGUGUGCAAUACAGCAGAGGAUUUCGACGAAACGUUGGCUGGCAUCCCGGGUGGUAUGGAGCAACUAUAUCAACGCAUGGAGCGCACAAUCAUUGCGAACGCAAAACCACGCGACCGGAAACUGGGGCAGAGGAUUCUAAUGUGGACUACAUGCUCCCGGCGGCCGCUAGCCCUCAAUGAGUUGGCACAAGCGUUGGAGCCAGACUUUUUGCCGAUGGUGGAGAUGAGUCUCCUCAUCAACCGUGUUUGUGGGCAGUUUGUCAUCGUUGACUCUGCCACUGGCCGAUUAGUGAUGGUCCAUCAGACCGCGAGGGAUCAUAUUGUGACAACAGACUCAGAACUAGGAGUCAAUGUACCUGAAGGGCAUGAGGAGUUGUUGACCAAGUGCCUGGCUGUCUUGGAGGAGAAGCAUCACCAGCCUCGCGGUCUGCACCUUUGGCCCGGGGAUCGGAAAGAUAGCCCGAGAGGAGGAUUCUUCCACUAUGCAAUGACAUCGUGGGCAUAUCACCUGGAUAAAGUAUCCCCUGACUCAGAUGCACCACUACUCCUUUUGGCCAAAUUUCUCAAGGGCAAUCACGUUCUAGACUGGAUUGUGGCACUGGCUCAGGCAAGGAAAUUGCGGGCUCUUGUGUCUUCCGCAAAGAGCAUGAAUAUCUACGUCCGCCGGAAACGAGGUCGCAAUGCUGUGACACACCCAAUGGUUCAUCGGCUUCAGGAACUCGACUUGGUGGAAUCAUGGGCUACAGACUUGCUCAAACUCAUUGGGAAAUUUGGACUACAUCUCACCGAGUGCCCUACUUCUAUAUACCAGCAAAUUCCGCCAUUCUGCCCAAAAAUCUCGAUGAUAUACCGACAAUUCGAGCAAUUUGCCCCCCGUCCACACUCCCUAGCGGUCAAGGGACUGUCGAAGUCCACGUGGGAUGAUGGCCUAGCAAAAAUCUCUCUUCAACCCGCGCCCCAGGGCCUCAUAAUUAUUUGUGCCGGAGAUCAUUUUGCUGUACUAACCGGCCGCGGACUAAUUACUUUGUACAACUCUACGACUUUUGAGAUUAAGCAUGUGCUCAAACAUACGGAGGAGGUUUCUGCAAUGAGUUUCAGUCGCAGCUCUCAUCUUCUCGUGACGUACGGCUACCGGACAACAAAGGUUUGGUCUGUCAAUUCGGGGGAAGUCAUGCACCGAAUCCCAAACCCAAUCAGCAGCAGAGUCCUAGCCAUAGUAUUCUCCGGCGGGGACACCCAAAUUGUCAUCGGGUCAGCGGAUCGACUCAUUAGAGUCGCCCGAUUGAGGGAUCAAGUUCCCUCUUGGUCGGUUCUGCAUAGCAGCCUUUUGAAAGGGGAUAUAGCUCUGGAUAGACCUGUGCACAACAUCCCUUGGCGCAUGGCAUUUAAUUCUGACGCGACGUGCGUGGCUGUCGCGUAUCGCAGCUCUCCUCUGUGUGUCUGGUCGCUGGAAAAUGCGACACUUCUGGGACGGUGUAUGCGCAAUCAUAAAUAUGCAGGAAAUUCCUGGACCGUUGUGGACCAGAUGAUCUGGCAUCCAAAAUCUCAAGACAUUCUCGGUCUGUACAUGGGAGGUCAAGUGUUCAGAUGGAACCCUUACACGAACAGUCAACAGGAAUUAGAAGCCGAGGGAUCGAUUCUUGCAUGUAGUCCCGAGGGCAAGUUUUUUACAAUAGGUGACAGCCAGGGCACGAUCAAGCUGUACAACUUUCAUCAUUUUACCCUGAUCUACAAGCUCUCCUGCAAUCAUAUGAUCACUGAUAUCUGCUUCAGUCCAGACGGCAAACGAUUAUAUGACCUCCGUGGUCCAUGGUGCAAUGUUUGGGAGCCGAAUGCACUACUUGCAGGGGAUGAGAAUGGUGAUGAUAGUGACCUUGGGAGCGAGGCUGCUAGCAUUCCAACGGCUAGUAUUUCCGAAGCUUCUGCAGAAGUACGGGCGCAGAUAACCGCAAUUGCCUCACAAUCCGGAGGACGAUAUCACGCUGUUGGGAAUGAAGUUGGAGUCGUCAAUGUGAUAGACUCCUCAGAUAGCAACCAUGUGACGUCUGAGCUCUGGAGAUCAGCUUUGGAGCUACCAAUUUCACAUUUAGAUUGGUCGUCUGAUGGAAGAUUCCUAGCCAGUGUUGAGAUGGCAGGGAGGCUCGUCGUGAAGGAAGUCCAUAUCAGCGGCGAUCGAGGCUGGACUGUUAACGAAGCAUUUGAGAUGACAAUCAAUGUUAGUCCCGAAGGAGUUCAACAAGUCCUGCUAAAUAGCAAUGGGACAAUUGUUCUUGUCAAAAAUGGGUAUUCAGUCACCGUUCAACCGGUGAUAUCGACUCAAUCCAGCGGGGAGCCACCCACUAUCACAUCAAGAGACACGAAGUGGGUUAAUCAUCCAACAAAUUCGAAAUUAUUAUUGUCUUUCAGUUCCAGCCAUAUACGUCUCUACAGAUGGAAUGAUCUCUGUGAAAUUUCCGUCAUGGAUCUACAGAGACCACCAUUACUCUCGGAGCCGGACCCAGAGGCCAUUCCAGGCACCUUUGAAGGCCACCUGCAUAAUGAAGCAAACACCAAAAUCCAGCGCAUCUGCCACAGUCACUCAGGCUCUCACUUCCUUAUCCACACUAUCCUUUUGAUCAACGGUCGCAGAGAAACUGCCACAUUGUUGUUCCCAACAUCUUCUCUGUCCCAAUUACCAACCCUGCCAGCCGUAUCUCCGUUGAUUGAAACGCCUAUGAUCAUCCCGGCCGAAAUACAGCGACAAAUCGAAAUUCCCCUUGGAAUCCUCUCGCGUCAACGCCUUGUGUUUCUUGACAAAAGCUACUGGGUAUGUUCUUGGAGUCUCGGCUCGAACUUCACCCCCGAUCAGGUGCAGCGACACUACUUCCUCCCCAAGGAUUGGCUGAAUACCGAAUGUUUGGAGCUAUGUGCCUUGCUACCAAAUGGGGUGUUUUUGAUCCCGAAUAAUGGCGAGCUGGCUGGGGUUAGUAGCACCGGGUUAUGUCAUGGGUGA